CAUAGUGCACCACAUUACAAUUUUUGGCAUUGGGCGACAUUGAAUUGAUCGAAUACGGUUCUUAGUGUUGGGUGUGAAAAUCGUUGACGAACUAGUUCAGGCUACUGGCUGUGUGUGAAUAUAUGAUCCAACUUUUCAUUUCGAGGCAGUUCUGGUCCCGAAGGACCAUCGACCGGAAGUCGGAAUCGUGACCGGAUGCGCAUGUGUUCGUCCUUGUGUUCUUGUGUCGUUUGACCUCCCGGUGUCAGUGUGAUUGAGCCCCAAAAUAGAUUACGUGCGUUGGCUGUUUUCCGUUUUCGUCGAAUUGUCAAAUUUGAAAGUGGAUGUGGUUACAUGAGCGGAAGAUUAACGACUGGUGACGUAUACGUAUUGACGUCUUGUCGCGGAGCUAGUUUGUGGUUGGCGAGAUUUUAUUGACACUCUUCGGCGAGAGUGAAUGGUACUUGAAUUUGAGAAAAAAGGAGAGGAGACGCCACGCUGCUAAUUGGUAUUGAUAAUCAUAAGGUCAAACGAUAAUCUGUUAUCUGCAUCUGUAUAAGGUUACUACUCGUCCUACUUUUCAACUCGUGGCGGGACCCACUCGUCCGCACGUCUUUUUUAAUUCCUGUUUCAUCCGUUACGAAAAUUUUCAACAAGCAAAUAUGUGGUGGCGAUUCAUUGUUGAGGUCACCAAUGAGUACAAAAUUCUUCGUGGAAUGAUCUCGUAUUCGGCGCUCUGGCCACUGGGGUGCAUUCUCCAGCAAACAUUUGAAGGAAAGCGCUGGGACGAAUACGACUGGAAGCGUUGCUUGAGAUACAGUUUGUACGGUACGUUCGUGUCCGCUCCGAUGCUGUACUCCUGGAUGCGCAUCGCCAACAUCAUGUGGCCCCGCACGGAUUUCCGCUCGUCGAUGGCGAAAGCGUUCACCGAACAGGUCGCGUACGACCCGUUUGCCAUCGUGUUCUUCUUCUACGGGAUGAGCAUCCUGGAGCGCAAACGACAGGCGCAGGCAGCCGAGGAGGUCCAGGAUAAAUUCUGGGACACCUACAAGGUGGGCUUUGUCUACUGGCCGAUAGUGCAGACGGUCAAUUUCUCGAUGGUACCGCCGAAGAAUCAAAUUGUAGCGGCCGGUUUCUUUAGCUUGAUUUGGACCACAUUUUUGGCGUUUAUUAAAACCCGCGACGGGGAUCAGAAGGUCAAGAAAACGCCCUCAACUCCGACGGAGCGGAAGAGAUGGCUGAUGGUUGCGUCGCACUGGUGAGAGCAGUGGUCUAUGGUGUAUUUUAGUAUGAAAUUAUGUACAUAUCUUCAUAUUCAUAGUGAGAUUUAACUCUCUGAGUAGCAGUGAUGGAUACAAUUGUUCGAGCAAUAAAAAUCUUGUAAAUAGUAAAAA